GUAAAAAAAAUUCUUACGUAUGUAAAAUUUCGCGUUAAAACUCUUUUUUUUUUAAGUUCCUCCAUCCUUUUCCUCCCUUUUCUCUCUUUUUCCGUUUCUUUACAGUCAGGAAUCGGAUUGUUAGUGAUUAUGAUAUUUUGAUUAUCAGUUCACCGACGUGACGUUCUUUCAGGUACUGUCUUUGAAAAAUGAUGUUGCCUUGAUAAGAAACGAAUGUAGAAUAAUACAUAAAUGUUAGCUCUUAUCGGCAAAACGGUGUAUCUCCCGAAUUGAAUUAAUACGCGCGAAUUGAAUUAAAAUGUCGCGUUAGAUAGGAAGAGGGAGGGGGAGGGGGAUGACAAUUUCUUCUCAACACUGCGACGUAUGCGAGGUGUCCGUUGACAAUGGGCAAUUUGAUCGGCUGUGAGGGGGAAAAUCGCGCGUGUACGUACAUACGUAUGCGACGGUCGACGGCUGUCAGUGCGGUGCCUAAUGAGUCUGUAAAUUGGUUCAGGCUAUAGGGCCUCCUAUCUGAGAAUUGCACAGUCGGCUCUCUCGUCUCGCUGUUAGUGUGACUCACUGGCUUCGUGUGCGACGAGUUCUCGCUCGUGAUUCUCAAACUUUCGACAUUUCUCCCUCAUCGAUCUGUCCCCGUGUGUGUCCGUGUCAGUGUCACAGUGUACUCGUCGAUUUCCCCAUUCCGCCAGUCCGACGGAAAAGGAAAGGGCUCUGGGUCAUCAGAUUCUAGGUUUCACAUUGGCAACCAUUUUGCAAAGGGAAGGAAAUAUAGCGGAACUCUACGAGUUCGAUGUAUCGCGCGCAGAUCGGUUUGUCGCGAAAACGUCAUUGGACAUUGCGCAAAGCGAAAGAAUCGGCUGUCAAUCGAUCCUUUUCGAGGAACAUGGAAACUGCAUGUUUAAUGUGCAGAGAAGAGAGAGAGAGAUCAUGAAGCAUUAAUGCAUCGGAAGGAGAUAUCGGACGACUACGCGCGCGCGCGAGUGUAUAAUCCGUGAAAUCGCGACGCGAUCGAGCAAAGAGCGCAAAAAUGGCAGGCCAAACCGUGAAGAAAGAACUUCUGGAGGAGACUCUACAUCAUCAACCGGAAGGUAGCGAGGAAGAAGUGGAUAAAGAAUGGGAGGAGUUUACGAGACUAAUGGCGAAAUUAAAAGAGAAUCGCCGGAAUCGUCCACACAGACCUUCUCAGGCGUUCUACCCAUGUCCUCCGCCAAAUGCGGACGAAGAGCAGCAGGAAUUCGAUCCUUUCGACUAUAUUAACACGAUUAUGUAUGGUCGCUACACGAAGGACUUGGGUGAGUACGCGAAGGAAGAGGCACGCAAGCUCAAGUAUCACGAGAAAGCGAGACGCAAGUAUGACAAGACAAGAGCCGAGGAUCUGCGAAAAUCCAGGCGAGGUCCACUGUGCCGGAAACUGCUGGCUCUUCUGGCAUUUGCUUGGAAACACACUGGCGCUCGAUUAGGGGAAGAUUGGAUCUUUCUUGCACUUCUUGGCAUCAUCAUGGCGCUUAUUAGUUAUGCCAUGGAUCGUGGCAUUUCCAUAUGCAAUAACGCCAGGAUAUGGCUUUAUCAGGACCUUACGAAGCAUCCGGCCUUGCAAUAUCUGGCAUGGGUGUCCAUGCCCGUGUGUCUCAUUCUGUUCAGCGCCGGCUUCGUCCACAUCGUCGCACCGCAGAGCAUAGGUUCUGGCAUUCCGGAAAUGAAGACUAUUCUACGCGGCGUGGCGUUAAAGGAAUAUCUGACCUUACGUACCUUGAUCGCCAAGGUGAUCGGCUUAACGGCGACCUUGGGCUCGGGGUUGCCGCUCGGCAAGGAAGGCCCGUUCGUGCACAUUGCUAGCAUCGUCGCAACGCUCCUCUCCAAAUUGGUCACUAGCUUCCAGGGCAUUUACGAAAACGAGAGCAGGAACUGUGAAAUGCUGGCCGCAGCCUGCGCCGUGGGCGUCGCCUCCUGUUUCGCAGCUCCGAUCGGCGGCGUUCUCUUCAGUAUCGAGGUCACCACGGUAUACUUCGCGGUCAGGAACUACUGGCGGGGCUUUUUCGCAGCGGUUUGUGGCGCCACGAUGUUUCGUUUGCUGGCGAUCUGGUUUCAGAGCGAGGAGACCAUCACGGCGAUGUUCGCCACUAGCUUUACCAUGGAGUUUCCCUUCGAUCCACAGGAGCUCCUUGUCUUCGCUCUAAUCGGCGUCGGCAGCGGACUGCUCGGCGCCUUCUAUGUUUGGUUGCAUAGACAAUACGUCAUUUUUAUGCGAAAGAACAAGAGCAUGAACAGCUUUCUACAGAAGAAUCGUUUUUUGUAUCCCGGCAUCGUGUCUCUGCUGGUCUCGUCCGUGUCAUUUCCGCUCGGACUCGGUCAAUUCAUGGCCGGCGAUUUGAACACCCACGAUCAGGUUUCUGGGCUUUUUACCAACUUUACUUGGACGAAGAAGAAUCUCACUGUCGAGGAGAUGAGUAUCGUGAAGCACUGGUCGACAUCAUACACCGAUGUCUUCAGCGGACUCCUUAGUUUCGUCUUAGUCACCUUCAUCUUCUCCAUCAUAAGUUCGACGGUACCGGUACCAUCUGGAAUUUUCAUUCCUGUUUUCAAGAUCGGUGCUGCGCUGGGUAGAGCAGUUGGUGAAGCUAUGGCUCUCUGGUUUCCCACUGGUGUGCGUUAUGGUGGAAUAAUUACGCCUAUUAUACCAGGUGGUUAUGCCACAGUGGGAGCCGCUGCGUUCUCCGGCGCGGUGACGCAUACGAUAUCCGUCAGUGUCAUCAUCUUUGAGAUGACUGGUCAGAUCACACACAUUGUACCCAUAAUGAUAGCGGUGCUCAUCAGCAACGCCAUCGCCGCGCUUCUGCAGCCCAGUAUAUACGACAGUAUCAUCCUCAUCAAGAAAUUGCCCUACUUGCCUGAUCUGCUUCCAUCCAGUUCAGGAAUGUACAAUGUUUACGUGGAGGAUUUCAUGGUUCGCGAUGUAAAGUAUAUAUGGCACGGCAUCAGCUAUCAAAAGUUGAAGGAGAUACUGAAGGAGAAUCGUAAACUUCGCGGGUUUCCGCUGGUGGAUAAUCCAGAUUCUAUGAUUCUGCUUGGGUCGAUCCAGAGAUUAGCGUUGAUUAAACUCAUCGAAAAGCAUAUUGGCCGCGAGAGGAGGUUACAGGUUGCGCAAAAAUGGCAUAAGGAGGCGGAAGAGAGAGCGCGCGAGGAAAUAGAACGACAACUGCGGGAACAGGAGAGGACAAGGAGGCCUUCGAGAUUCGAGGUCAUCCCGGCACCUGACAUUCUCAAGAUGCAGCGACAGAGCGUUAACGAUCUAACGAUGUCGCCAAACAACGGCGGCGGUCCCGAUCAUCAUACAUAUCAUUCGCCGGUGUUUGGCUCGCAACCGAAGAAGUCGAUCUUAAAGAAGACCAAUUCUUUCACUCUAAAAGGAUUCAGCCCGUUAGUUAGUCCGGCAGUGACACCCUAUACGACAGUCACAGGCGCGGAAAGCAGGAUCCGUCUGGCCUUCGAAGCGAUCUUUCGUAAAUCCGCUACGUUACAAGAUGUAGAGCCUGAUCCGGAGUUAGGUACCAGACAAGAGAGUCAAGAAGUUAUUAACGCGCAAUCUCAUACGCCCAUGCUGGCCCCAAGUCCGGCAACAUCGAAAAAAGUACAAUUGCCUCGCGAAAGGGUAAUAGACAUGUCAGCCGAGGAUCAGAAGCGAUGGGAAGAGAGCGAGAUGGCACUCGAGGUUGAUUUCUCGAGGUGUCACAUCGAUCCGGCUCCAUUCCAGCUUGUCGAAAGAACGUCCUUGUUGAAAGUUCACAGUCUUUUCAGCAUGGUCGGCGUGAAUCACGCUUACGUAACAGCCAUUGGCAGGCUGGUCGGAGUCGUUGCGUUGAAAGAGCUGAGGAAAGCAAUUGAGGACGCAAACGCCGGUAUUCUUCCGAUGCAUCCCGAGUCGCACAUCGCCGAAUCAAUCUCAAGUUUGACGAGAAGCGAGACGGACACGGAGAGCAACAAGAACAUCAACGCGAUGAACUCUAUAGGCCCUCUGGAUUGCGAAAAAGCGGACAAGAUCUGAGGGCGUCGUGUCAAGAAAGAUUAUAUUGUGAUAGUCGCGUCGUCGUUGUCGCGUGACGCGGCCUAAAUAACGCGAGAGAGCCGUUUGUUUUAUCUAAUCCUCAUUUUCCCUCCCACCCUUCCUUCCCAAUCGUUCGCGAUGGAACCAUUAUGCGCGAAUAACGCGUAACGAUACUCUCAAACACUUCUCUCGUACUUAAGCUUAAGGUGAACGAUAUAAUGAAAAUUCCGAGGAAGGAUGCGAGUGUGAGAGAUUGUGAUUAAGCGAUGCAGCUCCGUUCCGGAAUUUCCUAUUCUAUUCUAACGUAAUAUCUUACGAUAUUAAGUGACGCGAUCGCUGAUCAUUUGUGUUCGCGUGCGUAGACUAUUUUUACUGGAUAGACGGAUAGAUUCUCGCGCAUUGAGAUUCGUUUCUCGGCGGACGAUUUACGCAAGACGCAAAACGUUUCAUCAGAA